CCGGGAGAGGAGGAGCUGUCUGCUCGCUUGGUGUUUGCCGGGGGCGCGCUGAACAUGGAGCUGUCUGCUGUCGGGGAGCGAGUCUUUGCCGCAGAGUCUAUCAUGAAGCGCCGUAUUAGAAAGGGGCGUAUCGAGUAUCUGGUGAAAUGGAAAGGCUGGGCUAUUAAAUACAGCACUUGGGAGCCAGAAGAGAACAUCUUGGAUUCCCGCCUUAUUGUAGCUUUUGAGCAGAAGGAGAGGGAACAGGAAAUUUAUGGACCGAAGAAACGAGGCCCUAAACCAAAAACAUUCCUUAUGAAGGCCAGAGCACAGGCUGAAGCCCUGCGACUGAACGAUGUUCAUUUUACCAUGAAGCCUGGGUCCAGCCCCUCCCCAAAGUUGCACUCCAGCGCAGCAGUACAUCGUUUAAAAAAAGACAUCCGCCGCUGCCACAGCAUGUCUCGUCGUCCACUCCCUCGCCCAGAUCCCACCGCACCGUCUGGAACAGGCUCCGGCAUGCGCCCUCCUGUUUCACCUUUUUCUGAAACAGUGCGCAUCAUCAAUCGCAAGGCCAAGCCUAGAGAGCCAAAAAGAAACCGCAUCAUCCUUAACCUUAAAGUCAUAGACAAAGGAACAAAGGCUCCUCUGGGUCGCCCGAAAAUUCCCUCCCGAAAUCGGGUGAUUGGUAAAAGUAAAAAGUACAGCGAAAGUAUGCUACGCAAUCAGAUACGCCAUCUUAAGUAUGGGGCAUUUUCUCUUUAUAAUAAUCCGGCUCUUCAGGAUCCUGGGGCGGCUAAAGAUGGUGAUGAGGCUACCCAAGAAGGCCUGGCUGAUGACAGCUCUAGUACCUCUGGGUGCCCCUCUCCAGCACCAUCUGAUGACCGCCCACCCAAGCUUAUGCCUGAGACCCUCAGUCCUGCUGUUCCAGAUUGGCGAGAGUCUGAGGCCUUGGAUCUGUCAAUUCCCCCAGAGUCCUCUGCAAGCAAGCGUGGUCAAGGAGAACCCGAAGAGUCUGAUGUUGAUGAGACUGGGGACUGGCGUCCAGACAUGUCUCCUUGCUCCAACGUAGUGGUGACAGAUGUCACAAGCAAUUUGUUAACCGUCACCAUAAAGGAAUUCUGCAAUGCUCAAGACUUCGAGAAAGUCGCUACCAGCAAAUAAGUGCAGAAAGAGAAAGAAAGACCCUCACUUAAGAAGAGCAGGGAGAUAUGGGCCCUGACAUGUAACAGUUCACUCACUCAUACCAACUGAAGCUACACCACCCUUUCCACAAGAGGUCUAUAUUUGAUAGGUGCUACUCUAAAAAAUGUAAUAUUGGUGCUUACAUUUCUUUGUGUCUGAUAACUUGUUCUAAAUAGUACAUUUUCUGUAACAUUUUUAAGAGGGACAGAAAA